AUGGCGAUAUACCGUGCACCUUCCCUACUUCAACCCCACAGAGCUCGCGAAGCUCUCCUUGAUGCUCACGAGGGUAGAAUCCCCCCUCUUCUUGGCUACUACUUGGGACUGUCCUCACCUCCUCUUGCGAAAGUCGUCGCACAACUGGGAUACGACGUCGUGUGGAUUGAUUGGGAGCAUGCUUCCACCAAUGUUGAGACCAUGACACAGAUGGUGCAUGACAUCCAAUUUGUCAGUGAGGGAAAGAGCCAUGCGGUCGUUCGUGUCCCUGGCCACGACCACGCAGCCAUCGGCUUCGCUCUGGACGCCGGAGCUUCCAUCGUCUGCCCCCAGGUCGACACAGUCGAGCAAGCCCAGCACAUUGUCUCCGCCGCAAAGUACGGCGCCAUCCGAAAUGGUACUCGCUCAGCACCUCCCGCCCGCCUGAUACCCGGCCUCUCAGACACCCCCCUCGACCCAUCCAAGACCCUCCACGAAUGCGUCAACGACCAGGCAGCUAUCAUAAUCCAAAUUGAGACCUUGGAAGGUAUCAAGAACCUCGACGCCAUCCUGACCGAAUGUGGCGAGUACAUCGACAGCGUCUGGCUGGGCUCGCUCGAUGCCAGAAUCAGCAUGGGUUUCGCUGGAAUUGGCGGGAUGGAACCCGAGUGGUUGGAGGCCGUUGCACUGUUCGAAAGCACCCUUACCAAGCAUCAUCAAGCUGCCUCCGGCUUUGCGCUUGGUACCCCGGAGGCGAAGGCUAUGUUGUCGAGGGGCAAGAGCUUCUUGAUGGUUGCUGCAGAUUUCUUUAGCAUUGUGGGAACCGGGCUGGCAGAUUUGGCGAGCUCGAGGAAGGAUUACAAGCAGCAAAACUUUAAUGGAGUUUACAAGAGGAUUGAUGUCUAA